AUGUAUGCGAAUGACGCCGUCGAGGUCGACUCCAUCCCCGAAGGCCACAUCGGAGUUGUAGCUGGCCUCAAACACACCCGAACGGGAGACACCCUAGUCACCUACUCCGGCAACAAAGCCACACCCCCCGAACCUCUCACCACCCUCCAACUCCGUCCGAUCAACGUUCCGCCCCCCGUCUUCUUUGCCAGCGUCGAACCCCACAGCCUAAGCGAGGAGAAGCGACUCCAGGAAUCUCUCGCGAUGCUCCUCCGCGAGGAUCCCAGCCUGCACGUCACCGUCGAUGAAGACUCAGGCCAAACCCUCCUCAGCGGCAUGGGCGAACUACACCUCGAAAUCGCCCGAGACCGCCUCCUCAACGACCUCAAAGCCAAAGCAUCCAUGGGCCGCAUCGAAAUCGGCUACCGGGAAUGCCCCCUCGGCGCCUCAGGUCCCAUCACCAAGAUCUUCGACAAAGAAAUCGCCGGCCGCAAAGGCAAAGCCGGCUGCACCGCAACCGUCGAGCCCUUCGACCCCGAAGACACCACCACAGAACCCGACCCAUCGGCACUCUCCAUCCAAACCGCCAACGGCAACCAAAUCAUCAUCCAAGCCCCGGGCCUCGAAGUCGAAGUGAACAAAAAGGGCAUUGAGGAGAGUCCGCUCCUGCCCCCAGGCCUGGACGCCCACGCCCUUCGCACAUCUCUCCAGAACGGCUGUCUCGCGGCACUAGCCCGCGGCCCUCAAUUCACCUUCCCCAUGCACGGCACCCGCGUCACCCUCACCUUCGAUCCAGCCGAACACCUCUUCGGCAACGACUCCACCCCCUCCGCCCUCUCCGCCGCAGCCCGGCUCGCAACCUCCUCCGCCCUCCGGGACCUCCCCUCGGCAGCGGGCACAUCCCUAAUGGAACCAGUCAUGAAUGUGAUCAUCAGCGUAGACGAAGCCAGUCUCGGCGCCGUCGUCCACGACAUCUCUUCAUCCCGCGGCGGCCACAUCAUCUCGCUGGACGAGGAAACACCCCUCCCAACGACGGACAUCGCCUCAAACCCAACAGACGACCUCCUUCCCCCCAUCGACCCGAACAAGGUCUACGCCCCGCCUGAUCCCUUCCAGUCGUCCACUGUGGGAAUCGAUCUCCCCUCCUCAGUUAACAGAGCCCGAACUAUCACGGCAAAGGUACCCCUCAAGGAAAUGGUCGGGUAUCUCAAACACCUGCGCAGUUUAAGCGCAGGACGCGGCACGUUCGUCAUGAGCGUCGAUCGGUUCGAGAAGAUGAGUGCGCCGAGACAGAAGGCUGUGCUUGCCGAGCUGAGAGGUGGCUUUCUCUAA